AUGUCAUUCUUUUUCCGGCGCGGUAGAGCGAGUAGGAGAAAAACGGUCAAUGAAAAUGAACCCAGUGGGAAAUGGGGUAGCUGGCACUGCCCUCAUCGACCGCACCAUACAGAUGAGGAAGGAGGUGCAAGCCAGGAAGGUGAUGCUGGUCUGGGGCUUGCUCAAUGUAGGACUUGCUGGGAUGGUCUAUAUGGAAAUGACAGGCAAAUUGCUGAGCAAAUUCUACAACAUCAGCUACUGGCCCCUGUGGUAUAUCGAGCUUGUGCUUGUCAUCUUGUUUUGCUUGAAUGCUCUAUUUGAUUUCUGGUGUUACUUCAGGAGUGCCGUGGUCCCAGCUAACCUGGCGAUGACCCCACAGCAACAAACCCUACUGGGAAUGAUGAACCCAGCGAUACUGACCACUCCGCAGCAGAAGCCAGCCACCACAUCCACCCCCAAGAGCUCCUCACCAGGCAUUGCACAGGGACAGAGUGUCCUGUCCUACAGCCCUCAACGCCCGCUUGGCUCCUGCCCCAAGUUCAGCCCCAGCUGUAUGACGGGAUUUAGUCCAACCAUGCAGACGCCUUCUCCGCCGGGGAGCGGAUCCUUCCCAUCUUCUGUGAUGUACUCUCCUGGCAGCAGCUUCAAUACGGGCUCCCCCUUCAGUCCUGUUCAGAAUUCGUGUUUGUACAGUAACAACGUUGGGACCACAGAGUGCUCCAGCCUGAGAGCUCGUUACCGAUCUGCCCCUUCCGUGUACAAUGCGCCCCUCACACGAGAUGAGUGCGUGACCGAUAUGAAAUCUCUGGAGAACUUCCUUCGCUCUGAAGAGGAGAAGCAUGGCCGCAGUCAGCUGGGAAGCCCCGAAUGUACAUCCAGCAGCAACAGUCCUACUUCCUUUUGGAACUAUAGCCGUACCACAGGAGACUACGCGCAGUCACUGCGCAAGUUCCAGUACCAACUCGCCAGCCGUUCCCAGGCCCCCUCGGCCCACAAGGAUGACACUGAUCUGGGCUCCAAACUGCUCGCCGAAGAGGUAUGGAUCAGGCUGAAUAUGAGUCGACAGCAGUUGGACCUUCUCGAUUCCUGGACAGCCAACCUGAGGAAUUGGAUCAACGAGACCAUUUUGAAUCGUUUGGUCAAAGAGAUUGACAGUGUGAACACACAGCUAAGGAGACUAGGGUGUCCGGAGCUGCAAGUGGGAGAGACCAGUAUCAGCAGCCUAAGGCAAGCUGCUCUAGUCCGAGCUCCCCAGAUUCCAACACUCAACAUAGUUGUCCAGUAUUUGGACAUCACUUCAAACCAAGAGUACCUGGUGGAGAGGAUCAAAGAGCUUGCCCACGGUGGUUGUAUGAGCUCCUUCCGAUGGAAUGGAGGAGGAGAGUACAAGUCCAGGAAAUGGGAUACUGACCUUCCCACAGAUUCAGCGAUUAUAAUGCAUAUGUUCUGCACAUAUCUUGACUCCAGGCUGCCUCCACACCCCAAGUACCCUGAUGGGAAAACAUUCACCUCCCAACAUUUCAUUCAAACUCCAGAUAAACCAGACACCACGAAUGAGCAUUUGUUCUGUAUACACCAAAGCAACAUCAAUCCCCCACACUACCAGCUCAUCUACCACGGGCAGACAUAUAACUUGCCAAAGGACAGGAGUAACAUGUUUCACACCAUCCUGAUGUUUUUGUACAUAAUUAAAACAAAGGAGUCGGGAAUGCUGGGGAGGGUGAAUCUGGGCUUGUCUGGAGUGAAUGUUCUGUGGAUUUUUGGAGAAUAAGGAACAAUUGCCAGGAAAUGUAACUCCACAACAUUUGUAUUUGAUUCGUGCAGAAACUGAACAGAUUCCACAUUUUAGCCCCUCAGCUCAUUCCCCCUGCCCCCUUCCCCCAAAUUCUUUUCCCUUUGAUCUUUCUCAUACAACCAGCUGACUGAGAAAUGUGGGACUCUGGAACAGAAACUCUGAAGCCGACCUUGUGAUUUUUUUUCUGUAACUCUGCCAUCACUCUGUGCUCACUGAGAAUCUGGCUGCAGUGCAGCUGCUUCACUACUGAAAGACCUAUUUUUCUCUUUUUUAAAACAAAGACUUUUUUCCAUCUCCCAGUGUUUGAAGAGAAGGACUUCUUUUAUACUCUCCAAUGAAAGUGUGUACACUUUUCACGAUCUUCAUUGCAUUGUGUGUGAGGCAGCAAAAUGCUGCUGCAUUUGCUGUGAAAGACCAGCAUUAAUUCCUGUCAGCAUUGUGGUAUUUCUGUUUUGGGAUUGUCCAAAGGUGAGAGAGGGUGACAUAAUUUGUGUUUUCUUUUCUGAUGCUGUUCUGAGGACACAGACACUUCAUUGAUGCCUCAUAUUGCUGGAAUAAUGGCACGCACAGCUGUGCUCUCUUGGUCAUCUCUUUAAUUUUGCCCCCUUUUAAAUUGGUGGUGUCAAUGAGCCUUUUAUUUGGAGUUUAAAGGUACUCUGAGCAGCCUGGUUGUAAAGUACUGCAGGAAUAAUUUGGGCUGUUAGACAGGCUGUCAAGACACAACUAUCUCCAUUAAAAAUUGCCUGAGAAUAAAAAUAGGUGAAAAUGAAAAGCUGAUGGGCUUUCACUCGGUAGGGGAAGGAGAUGGAUUAUGGCAAAUAAUUAGCUCUGGUAUCAGUCCAUAUUGUGAGGGUCCUUUCAAUUGAUUUUAAUAUGGGCUGCCUCAGUCUGCCUCCCACUGGGCCUGGGCUGAUAGCACAGAGCUCAUCCUCCCCAGUUCAAGGAAAUUGGUUUUGUAAGGAGUGGUCCAUCAGACAUAACUGUGACCCCCAGGGAGAGAGCUUUUCUCUGAAGCCAGCCUAGGAAGUACUGGGCCCUGCUGUGCAUGGCUACAUUGGAGCACUAUCACUCACCCUUCAGUGACAAAUGCACCAUUUCUUUUUCAUGUUAUUCUGAGCAAGUUCUGCUGACUCAAAUAUGUUUUGUAUUGUUUUGAUUGUGAUCCAAGAUCUUAAUCAGUUGCUGUAAGUUAGAGCUUUGUAUGUAUUUUAACUUUAUUUUAAUACGCCAAGCUAUUGACAACUAGGACAGUUUUGAGAGUCAGUUAAGGGGUACAUUAAAGCGAGCUGCUCUAUUUAAAUAAAGCAUCUUGUACCCUUCCCUCCUCUCCAUCCUGAGCUCCACUUCCCCAAAUACCAGAAGCCCUCCAGUACCUCACCUCUGACCAUUUCUUCAGGUGUGUAUGUUGGGAUAUUUGACUGCAUGGGGUAGUGCAACAGAGGCCAAACGCAGCCAAUUUUCCAGCAGGACCAACUAAAUGCGGAGCAGGAGAAGGAACUUGUGACCUUGUUGUAGCUCUCCGCUCUGGGGUCCCUCAAUAGCUCAACUUAUUGAAUGACUGAGCUGCACAGACCAGGAAGUUUCUUCCCCCCACACCCUGCCUCCAUUCAGUUCCCCAGACUCUGCUAAUUUUUGCUGGACAGGCAGCAUGUGGUUACGGCCAGGGGUCCCAUUGUGGAGGUGAGUGAGCAUGAACGGUAUUGGGUACUACAGUAACUGCUCAGUCCCAUGGGUGAAUGGCCACUUGAAAAAGGUACUAGAAGGAGACUGAUGUCUGUGGAACUUACAUCAGCAGGAGUUGAUGCUCUCAGGCAUAUUGAAUGGCAUUUGAUAAUCUCAUUCGGAGAGGCUGUGGAAUGGGCCAUUGUGGAAUAUGGAAAAAGAUCUCUAGUGUGAAAGGGGGCACACUUUUGAGAUUGGGGCUGAGGAAUGUGGUAGACAGGUGUAAAACUCUUAUCGAUGCAGUUCCCAAGGGGGCCCUAUACACAACUUUUCUGUGCAUCUAACUAUGAAGUAACUCAGCCUGGGGCCAUGAAAAUGUUUUAUUUGAUACUGAUACGCAUUUGUCUUGAAGAGACCUCUGCUAUUUUUAUAAAGUGAGAUGCCGGUGGUUACAGUUUACUGAGGUGUGGGAUCUAUUUUGAUUUGUGGAGCACUGCAGAUUCAGUUUGAAAUUCUGCAGUCUGAUUGGGAACUAUCAUGACCUCUCCUGUAACUAUCCAACAGAUUUGUAAUAAUUUAUAGAUAUUUACACCCUUGGUUUCCUUGUCCAUUUUUGUGCUCAGCAGUUUCCUUUCAUCCAGCAUUUGAUUCAAGCCAGCCCUAAACAGCGCACAGCAAAGGGAUAUGUCUACAUAUGGCAGGGAAUAGCACUAGACAGAAGAGUAAAAACAUAAGGCAAAGUAACAUUGGCUAACAACUGCUUGCUGGCAAUCAAUAAUACAUCAUUAAAUGGACAUGGGAGAAACUAUUGGAGGGCUGCUGGGGAGGAAGAAUGGAUAUUUCUCGCCCAGUUUGGUAUGCAGUGCUGGAUUUAGAACAUCAACAUUCCAGAAACAGAAUACUCAUUGAAAUGGAGUCUGACCAAGGAUUCUGGCCAAUUAUUGACAAAUGCAGUGUGGGAAGUCCAGCUCUCGAACUAAAAAUGUAAUAAUAGAUCUUGGAACAAUUCCUGUCAUUGCAGUUUCAUCCCUGGCUCACUCCCAAUCAAGAUAUUCUGACCUCGCUCUUUAGCUAUAUUGGGCACAAGAGAAAGGUUCAAUUAACUGGACACAAGUGCACAGCUUCUUACACAGUAAUUCUCUACUUAAUGUUUUGACACCAUUGAGAUGCCAUUCUAUACUGUUUAGCCUUUGAUAGGUCCAAUAUUUGAGAGCGAAACAUUUCUAUGUCUAACCCCCGAAACCAAUUCUACAGUGGUGUGAAAAAUCAACACUUGCUACAUUCAGUCGCUGCUGAGCAUCACUAUAGAUUGCAAUGAUCAAAUAUUCCCCAGGGUGAUGUUACCCAUUGAUAGCAGCAAGCUAAUGGUUUUCUUCCUCUUCUGUUUUCCAUUCUUCUCUCGAAAGUGUUGACUCUGUGCUGGAGUACAGUUCUUGGGAAGUGAAACACCUAUACUGUAACUAGCCAAUGUGGCUGCUGUUAAUUUGUGAACUUGAGUUUGAAUAUCAACAGACUUGGACACAGAUCCCGAUCCCAUCCUCUUGUGAAAGUGCUGGGAAAUGAUUGCGAACAGGAGAUUUGGACGAUUUUCCCUUUCGGCUAGUUGUAGUAGUGCCUUUGAGGCUAGUAAACUCUCACCUACUGGAGUUCAAUAGUAGGGAUAGAAUCACAGAAUAGUUACAGUGCAGAGGCUUGGCCUGUCAAGCCUGUGCCAGUUCUCUGCAAGAGCAACUUAGCUAGUUUGACUGCUAAUUAUUUUCUGUAAGCCUGCAAAUUUUUGUUCCUUCAGCUGCUUAUUCAAUUCCCUUUUGAAAGCCACAAUUGAAUCUACUUCCGCCACCCUCGAGCAGCGCAUUCCUGAUUAAAACAACUCACUGAAUAAAAAUGUUUUAUCCUCA